AUGUCUCGGAUGGCAGGAGGCACCCGCAUCUGGGAGGUGAGACCGUUGAGCUGGGCGCGUGCCCUCCGCCGCCGCGGCCCCCACGCUCGCCACAGCCACGCGCUGGAGGCAAAGGACGUGGGGUUUAAGGUUACUGCUCCCGGUGGCAGCGUCGCCCAUUCUCCCGCACUUGUCUGCGGUGGCGCCACGGUUUCCCGCGUGGCUCCGGUACUUCUCCAGUUACCUGGAGUUCUUCCUACAGAGAGUUUGGAUUGUUCUCUUUCUUCUGGAAAAAGACCCUGCAGCCUCCCAGCCGACUUCCAUCAGCCGCGGGAUCCGCAGCCCAGUUCCUCCCUUCCGGGGGGAGCCUGGGCUGGAGCGGGAAACCUGAUCCAUCCGUGUGCUCAGCCCUCGGAUCCCCGAGGUGGCCUGGGCGCCACUGCCCCUUGGCAGGGCCAGCUCAGAAGUCCUCAGGGCCGGCAGCGGCCCGCACUGAUGCAGAAAAUGAAAGCAUUACUAGAAAGGAGGAGGAGUGUUCAACCUCUUCUCCCAGAUAGAGCCCUGCAAGAACAGGCCAGUGCCAGCACGGAAAGACCUUCUGCUGGCACGAACACCUGUGCAUUUCUGUCGUCAUUUGUGUGCUCCGAUAGGACUCUGCUGAUCGACGGCCUGGUAGAGCUCAGAAGCCGCCUGCGGAGGCAGGAGCGGCAUCUUUUCCUAUUCAAUGAUCUGCUUGUUGUGGCCAAAAGAAAGAAUAACAAUAACUUCAAGAUGAAAAACAAGAUUAAAUUAACUGACAUGUGGCCAGCAAGCUGUGUGGAUGAAGUGGGUGAUGGCAAGAGCAGUGCUAUGAAAUCCUUUGUCUUGGGCUGGCCCACUGAGAACUUUGUGGCCACUUUCAGUUCUCUGGAACAAAAAGACACAUGGCUCUCUCUCCUUCAGAGACACAUCAAUCUCGAGAAACAGAAGGACCACCUGAAGAGCAUUCCCCUCAGAAUCUUCAUCGAGGACAUGGGGAAUUGUGUCCAUGGUUCGGGGAGAGAUUAUCAGUUAUGCAUCAGUUAUGGGAAAGAAGAAGCACCGUACCUACUCAUUGGGCAUGAAUAUCCCUAUGGGAUUAAAAUGAAGCAUCUGCGAGACACUGCACUCCUGACAGCGGACUCAAAGGACUCUACCGCCAUUUUCAACUCCGAGGAGACCUUCCUCAUGGAAGAGCUGCCACGAGAGAGGCAGUGCCGAUUUAUCCUAAAGCCCAGAUUCCUGGCUGCAGCCCGGCCACUGAGAGAGUCAAAGGCACCAGGCAGUGCUGCAGGUGUCUCUAUGGUGAUUUCUGUGGAAGUUUCUUCUUAG